AAUAAAAGUGAGGCUCAGAUCUGUGGGUUAGUGGUCUAAGCAAAAGAGACAGGGAUCACGCCAUGGCUGCAAAACCAUCGGUUGCAUCUGGUUAUUACCCAGAAGCCAUCCGGGUCGCCCCGCCAAGAUACGGAUCUAUUUGUCCGAUUGCCAGAUCCAUUAGCUCAGAAGAAGAAUCCAGAAUCGUCAUCACAGCCUCGAGUGUGUGUCUGUGUGAGAGAGAGAGAGAGAGAGAGAGAGAGAGAGAGAGAGAGAGAGUUGAGCUGAAAAGCAGUGAUGAUAGGAGUUGGGAAAAUCAAGCAAUAUUCGAACGUGCUCGACAGACCCAUCAGCAAGGGGAAACAAGAGGUUAGUCUGAGUGCAUUUGCGUUCUUGUUUUCCGAGCUCGUUCAAUACAAUCAGACACAAGUUGACAACAUUGGAGAAUUGGAACGAAGGUUAGAGGAUGCUGGUUAUGCUGUCGGAGCUAGGGUUCUCGAACUUCUCUGUCACAGGGAGAAGGGUAACAGAAGAGAGACUCGACUAUUGGGUAUUUUAUCUUUCAUACACAGCACAGUGUGGAAAGUCUUGUUUGGAAAGGUUGCCGACUCUCUCGAGAAAGGCACUGAGCAUGAAGACGAGUACAUGAUCAGCGAGAAGGAACUUCUGGUCAACAGAUUUAUUUCGAUACCGAAAGAUAUGGGCGCCUUCAAUUGUGGAGCUUUUGUUGCUGGAAUAGUGAGGGGAGUGUUGUAUAAUGCGGGUUUUCCAGCUGUCGUAACUGCUCAUUUUGUACCCGUGGAUGGGCAACAACGACCCAGGACAACCAUAUUGAUUAAAUUUGCUGAAGAGGUAUUACAAAGGGAAGCGAGAUUAGGUUAAUGCCGAGCUCUGAUUUCCCGAAACCACCGGAGAACAAAUUAUGCGUGUGAGAAAAAACUAUAAAGCACUUCAAAAUUUCUUUCGAUUUCUAUUCAGCGAUUUUGGGGCUGAUUUUAGAGAUUCAUCGAUAUUCUGUGCUGCUUCUUGUAAUGAUAAAUAACUUGACUUGAAAUUUCAUAAACGUUUGUGGCUCUUAUAACGAUGACUCGAGUGAUGAAAAUUGCAAAUAUAUGCGUAAUUUGCUCGCAGAUUUGUUUGGAUUCAGAGUUUCGUAAAAAAAACGAUGUUCGAUUUCUGCCUCGAAUUUGAUCUGUGAUUUUUUCGAAAUUAUGGACAGUUAAUGGUUAUAAUGUGUAGCAAUGUUUUCGCCA